GGAAGAAGAAGGCCACUGUUCCUAGUGGUGGAAGAAGAAGAAGAAGAAGAAGUGGACCCCGCGGGUUACGUGUGCAGGUUCGUUGGCUUACUCGUUUUGCACGGUGGACCGUCCUUGCGAAGAGCCCUCUUCUGGUAACACCCUGCUUCAGCAUCAGCCGUGGAAGUCGAACCGCGUUCAGCACCACCACCGGAGAGAAUGGUGCCUCUUACGAAGGAAUUAACUUCGCUUUCUCCGUCAACUUCUCGUGAAGUUGGCUUCGUAACCAAGGACGGCAUCUACCAGCGGAUGAGUUUACUCUAUGGAAGUCUAGCAGCAUUCGUAAUGGGGGCAAACAACAUGAUGCCUUUGGUCACCUCUCCUGGUGUGAACCAUUGGUGCGCUCCUCCUGACGGCAUUCAAGUCAGUGAAGAGGACUGGAAGAACAUGAGCAUCCCCGUUGACGAGGACGGCAAGUACAGCCAGUGCCAGAUGCUCAACGGGACGGACAACAGCUCCGUCGUGGCUUGCACGAAAUGGCUGUACGAAAGCUCCCGCCAUUUUGGAACCAUCGUAGAAGAGUGGAACUUGGUAUGCGAUAGAGCGUGGUUUGUUCCAGCCACCACUGUCGUCUACCUGCUUGGUUCCAUUGUGGGCUUCAUUAUUUCUGGCAUUCUAUCGGACAGUAUCGGCCGGAAGCCAGUCGCCAUGGUCAGUUGCAUAGCGGUCAUUGUGUUUUGCAUCUCCAUCGGCAACGCUACCAACAUCGCGUUCUAUAUUGUGCUUCGCUUCUUCGUGGCAAGUGCAGUGAGUGCCCUCGCACUCCCUCUCUACGUGCUACUUAUCGAAGUGGUGGCAGUGUCGAACCGAGGGUUGUACGCCAUCGUCAUGGCGGGUGGUUAUGGUGCGGGUACAGCCUCUGUCCGAGUAGCCCAUAGUUUGAAUCUUGGCUGGCGCCUCUUCCAACUGUUGCUCAUGGUGCCUACGACGACGCUCGUCUUAGGAUUUCCAUGGAUCCAAGAAUCUCCACGGUGGCUCAUAUCCCGCUGGAAUCUGAGCAAAGCCGAAAAAGUGGUUCUCACUAUUGGCAGGAUUAACGGAACUAAGCCCGAACAUACUAUGGAGCUCUGGCGGAGCAUUCGCCUUGACCUUGAAAAGGAAGAAGAGAAGUACUCCGAAAUGUUGAGAGUUGAAUUACUGAGCGUUCUUCUUGCUCCAAGUUUAAGAUGCGCAAACGUAAUUCUUUUCUACUCUUGGUUCACCGUUUCACUUACGUACUACGGCAUCCACGUCUACGUCGUGAGGAAUCCCAGCACGACGAUGCUGGUGACUCUCCUCACCUUCCUGCCUAUUGCCACGUUGACGUACUGUGGAAUGGAAUACCUGGGACGGACACGGACCCUGACCUGUGCCAUGUUUCUAACUGCGUUCUCCUGUUCGCUGGACGUAUUCUUUCGAGGCGAUGAAGGAAGCGCCGUUCCAACUGUUCUGACUGACGCCCUGGAACUGUUGGGGAUCGGCGUUGCACAGAGUGUGGUGGUGCUCGUUAUCGCCGAAGUGAACCCCACAGCUGUGAGAACCAUCGCUGUCUGUUGCGGCUUUGUCUGCAGCAGGAGCGGAAUGAUCUGCGCUACUCUCGCGCAACAUCUGUGGACACUGCCUAGUGUCGGACCACCAGUCCUGUACGGUGUCUGCUGUCUGGUCGCUGGCAUCCUCGUCACCUGCGUGCCGGAAACGAAAGCAGCCAGGUUACCGGAGGCUGUCAAAAAAUUCAAUAUGUUCGAGAUAGCCCCUCUUCCGCUUGGAAGAAAAUCGCAUAGAAGAAGAGCAGAAGAAAGCAGCUCUCGUCACAGCCCCGUUCAUAUGGGUCGCAACAGUCUCAAACCGGUGCUCAGCAAGUUGGGGGAGAUAUAUGGAUCCGAGUCGACCACCCUCUCCAGCUAUGGCAUCAGCGAUGUUGUGCUCGACAUCAGAGACAUCAUACAGAAGUCGUCGGACACUAACCGUUCCGCAAUAUAACAAUUAUCAUGGAUGAUAUAUAGUAUAGACUUGUAUACGGAGUGUCGGAUAGACGUAAAUUAGUAAAUACGCCCAUUCUGUGGUAUUAAAAAGUACCAUAAGGAUGUGUAACUUAGACAAUUUAUCUAUUCGAUGUUUUAAACCCCCAAUAGAACACUGCACGGGCCGCAUUUUUACACCCGGCCCGGGCCCGGCCUUCCCUUGAUUAACCCGCCCGUGCUCGGCACGGCGGCUACAUACCUAGCCCGGGCUUGCCCCAGCCAGGAGGGUCCCAAGUUUCCCGGCCCAAGCUCGGCCCGAGCCCAAGAAAUGUACUGGAUAGCUGGCCCGGCCCAGUGUAUGAGGCUGUAAAACUUGACCGUGGUUAUCUAACAGAGGGGUAGCAAUAGGCUCGAGACCGACCUAGGCCCGGCAUUGUACGGGCCCGGUCCCAUAAUAAAGCUUUACACUUCUGGCUUCCCGCCAAUGGACAACCGACAUUCUCCCUCAUCUAUGCUUAGCCGAGUUGAUUGAUCGCGCGCUUUCAGCAUGCCACGAAACACCUGUCAUCAAGAUGCUGCAUUAAUUCAUCGAAUGCUAGUUGGCUCGAGUUGUUAUUGGGGUGAAGCCUUCGGGGUCUUGCUU